AUCAUUUCUGACACUCUUUUUACUCAAUUUCAGGAUUCUGUCAUUGAGACUUUGAAGAAGGAAAUAGAACAGCUGACCAAGGAGAAGGAACAGGUGCUGAAAGACAAGCAGAGUCUGCUGGAAGAAGUGAACCAGGCAGUGGAUGGGAUGACAGAGGAGAGACAAAAACUACAGGAUGAAAUGCAGCAGUACAAGUUGGAGAUCUCAGCCCUGUCCAAUGCCAGACAGCAGGUGGAGCAGGAGAACAUGCGGCUGUUGGAGAGGAUGGGAGCUGUGGAACAGCAGCAGGCAUCCCAGAAGCAGGUGGAGAAGGCCAUGGCUGAGAUGAUUGACAGCAAGAACAGACUAGCUUACGACAAAGGGAAACUACAGACAAAAGUUGACCAGCUACAGCAGGAGUUGGAGUCCCUGGCGAACGCCCAGUCUGAGGUGGUGCACCUGCGGAAGGUGAACGCAGCUGUGGAGGCAAAGUUCAACAAAGCAGCUGCAGAACUGAACGCCUGCAGGAUCAACAUGCAGAGGACAGAGAGCCAGCUCAGACAGGCCCAGGCAGCCAUCGAGAGGAAGGAGGAGGAGUUUGCCAUGGCCAUCAAGGCUAGAGACGAAGCUGUCAAGGAAGGUCAAAGGUUACUGGACCAUAUCGAGGCCGUGGAGGAAAGGGAAAGACAGAAGCUGGAAGGGUACAAGAGAAGCCUGUCGGAGGCUAAACAGGACAGCACACGUGUGGCCAGCACCCUGGAGGGGGUGAUGCAGUCCCACACACAGCUGCAGGACGCUGUGGAGGCGCUGCAGACAGAGCUGGGCAGGAAGGACAGCGAGAUAGCUGCCAUGAAAAACGAAAGGCAGCAGUUUCAGAGGAACAUCAGACAGCUACAGGGAGAGGUGGAGGCCCUCCAGUCCCAGGUGGCAGAGAUGGAAGCCAUGGAAUCAAAUGAGGUGGAGCCAUUGAAGCUAGCACUUGACCAGGCCAAGCAGGACAACAUGAAGCUAGCAGCAUCACUAGAGGGAAUCUUACAGUCCAACUCUCAGCUACAGUCUAACCUGGAUAAACUACAGGAUCAGCUAGAACAGAAAACCUUCCAGCUCGACAAGGUCAAAAACACCAGAACCCAGGAGAGUGAGGAGAUGAAGCAUGAGGUAAGAAACUAUGAGGAGAGACUGGAGAAUCUCAAACAGCAGUUCAACAAGGAGAGGGAGACCACCAGGAGGAGACAUCAGAAGGAGUUAGCUGAGCUGAGGAGAGUCCACGAGGAGUCGUUCUCUCGUGUUUCGGACCUGUCGCGUACUAACAAACAGCUGCAGGGCAGGAUAGACGAGCUGGAACAGCAGCUGGCCAGGCUGAAGGACCGCAUCAGGAGCCAGAAGGUACAGCUGGACCAGCUGCAGAAGGAGAGGAAGAACCAUGAACACACGCAGGGCAAGGUCAAGUCCAUACAGUCUGAGUUGGAGUCUUUGGAAAAGGUGAAGACUGAAUAUAUCAGCAAGAACAAAGAACAGGCAAAAACCAUCAGUAAUUUUUUGGAGGAGAUCAACAGUCUGAAGUCAGAGCUGAAGGCCCUGGCUAGGGCUCAGGUAGAGGCUUCAGAAGUGGUGAAGCACCAAGAAGAUGAACUUGAAAAGGAAAGAAAAAGGACUGAAAAAUACAAGCAUAAAGCCAAAAAGAUUGAAAGCAAAAGAAAAGACAUAGAAGAAAGACUACUUGCUGCUAAUGAUGAGUCAAUGGAGGUAUCCAAAAACCUCCAGGAUGCCCAUGAGUGGUUCAAGUCCAAGUUUGACAAUCUUCAGACAGAGCUGGACAAGUCAAGGAGAACCCAGGAGACCCUACACCAGGUGACUUUAGAGAGCAGGUUUGCCCUGCAGGAGGAGAGACUGAAGGCUGAUGAGCAGGCCGAGAAGGCCAAACAGAUGAUCAGGGAGAGCAGGAAAAAGAUCACGAGACUUGCAGACUAUCUAGAGGCUGACUCUAGGGACCGUUCCAGAGACACCAGUCAGCGGGACAGAUUUGACCGACUGGGCAUCUUAUGAUACCACAUGCAAACACAAAAAGACUAUCAUUUUAAAUGCUCAUCUUGUUAUUUUAUAAGGUUUUUGAGGUUUCAUCAGAACUGUAUUUUGUCGACUAUUUUGGGAAACAGUGUCUGUAUUUUCUUUGUUUGUGCUCCAAUAUUUUCACUUUUUGUAUCCUAUUAUUUUUGUACCCUCAGGAGUUUUAUGUAUAUGUAUAGGUGGUAACAUAGCUAUUUUUAGGAUCUAUGUUAAAUUUUGUAGUUGAUAUUGACUAAAUAGUCAGCCACCAUAGAUAUAUCAGUAAUUAUCAUGGCAUAUUUGCCAACCAAUUAUUUCCUAUGGCAUAUGUUUUUGAUCACAGUUGAAAAUGGAAUUAGUUCCUUUAUUUUGUUUAAAACAGGGAAGAAGUGAGACAUGGAACCAUAGAAUGUAACUUAUGCAACUCUUAUCGACAGUGUGAAAAAUUGUACAUAAAUUACUGUAUUCAAAAUACAAUGAACUUUGCAAUAAAUAAGAACUUCAAAG